AUGAGAUUUACAUCAGCUAUCGCUGCUUCCGUAGCAUUGUUAUCAUCCGCCGUCAAGGCCCAGGACGUUGCAUGUUUGGUUGACGGUGAAACCGUUGCCGUUGUUGACCUCGACACCGGUGUCUGUCCCUUCACCAUCCCCGCUGAAUUGCCCCAGCCAUUCUUUGAGUUUGUUUCACUCGAGGACUACGAUGUGCUUUUCUACUACUCGCAAAUCAACGGCUCGCUGAAAUUCUUCACUGACAUCAUCAAUGCCGGUAACGUGAUCAACAUCCCAGCUAACCUCUUGUACGGCCAAGCUGGUGCUCCAUUGUACCAAGUCCACGCUGAAGAAGAGCCAAGCGCCAACUCGACUGCCGCCAUCAGAAAGAGAUUGAUGAAGUUGAGAGGCGUGGAUAUCGAUCUCGAGUCCGACUCAUUGGCCAAGAGACAAGACGAAGAAGAGUUGGUUGCCCAAUUGCAAGAACUCGAAGGUACUUUUAUCCAAAACUCGGUGUUUGAAGUCGUUGACGCUGUGCCAUCCUCGGGUGCCUCAUCCGUCCCUGAAGAAUCGAGCGAAGCAACCGGUGUUGUCUCCACCAUUGUCUCCACCGUUAUCUCGACUGAAUUGAUUGACUGCACCACCAUCACCGGCGUCACCACCUUGUCCGAUGGUGAAAUUUCAACUUACACCACCACUUCCUCCUUGUCCGGUGUUGCUCCAGGUGUCGUUACCGAAGAGGUUACCACCGUUGUUACCGUCACCUCCUGUUCGUCCGACCUCUGCCACGUCACCACGGUGCCAGCCACCCCAUCCUUGGUCACCGCUACCGCCGGAGGUGUUGUUACCGUCUACACCACCUACUGCCCAAUCGAAUCCGUUGCUCCAGUUGAAUCCACCAAGACCAUCACCAUCACCUCAUGCCACAACGACGCUUGCCACACUAGUGCUGUUGCUGCUACUCCAGCUUGGACCACCGAGACCGUUGGCGGCACCGUUACCGAGUACAUCACCUACUGCCCCGUCACCGCAGGCCACGUUGAAACCAAGGUCGUUGUUGCCGGCACCACCACCUUGGCCCACACUGGUCCAGGGGGCGAGGUCAGCUACACCACUUCAACCGUGUACAUCACCGUCCAAACCACCCACGGCCAUGUUGGAACCGCUAGCGCUCCAAUCGUCGGCGGUGCUGCUCCUUCCACCCACGUCACUGGUGCUGCUCCUUCCACCCACGUCACUGGUGCUGCUUCUACCACCCACGUUGUCAGUGGUGCUACUCCUACCACCCACGUUGUCGGCCAGACCGUAGCCGCUGGAACCCACGGCGCCUCCACCGCUGCCGUGACUGCUUACCAAGGCGGUGCUUCUUCCAACAGCGCCAAAUUAUUGGCCUUGGCUGUUCUCCCCUUGGCUUACUUCUUCUAA